GCGGGGAACUACCCCACUUCCUUGCGUCAGCCAAUAGCGGGAGGCUCCGUGCAGCCUCCUGCGCGCCUGAACCAGGAUCGUAACACGAUGCCCCUCCUCUCUAGGCUUCGUCCCGAAGCCAACGACUACUAGCGACCGAACACCCUAGAGAAAAACGAUUGCGAAAGCACCUUACGUCGACACACGCGCUAACAACUACUCCUUAUCCGACGAAGCUAUGCCUUCCUGCAUGCGGUGCCGCGAGAAGUCCCUGACCUGUCGGGCUCCUCCGAACGCCAAGCGCUGUGCUGAAUGCACCCGCGCUGGGAACAUGCGCUGCGGCCUUAACGGGCCUGACUACCGCGCGCUUCAAAGCGAGCGUGCUCUGAUUGAAGCUGCGGGGGAGGAAGCCAUUUCCUUGGACGAGGAGGCUGCUGCCCUACAAGCUGCGGCGGCCGCGAAAUUUGCCGAAAGGAGCGCCGCUGCUGCCGCCGAGUUUGCCGCGGAGAGCGCCGCUGCUGCCGAAAAGAGAAAAUCCGCGACUGCUCGGCGCCGGCGCGUCCAGCGCCAGCGUGCUGCCUUCCAGGCCAAAAUAGCGAAGAUCUUUUCUCACGAGGACGCGGCCAUUGCAGAGCUAGAAGAGGAGGAGCGUAACGAAGAGGCGCGCCUUGCUCCCGAGGCCGCCCUGGUCGAUACUCCUGCUGCCGCCGACUGGGGACAACCGGGGGUCGAUUAUGAGUUCGACUUCCGGACCCCUGAGCCUCUGCCUGCUCCCUCCGCAAGUGGUUGA